UACGUGUUUUUUAGAAUUUACCUAAUUUAUAAAUAAAAAACACAAUGCGCGAUUAAUUGCUAAACUGUCACCGAUAAAAUAUUCAAUUUCUAUUUAUUUACCCGUUGAAAGUCUUGCUUCAGGCUAUGGUAUUGUAGAGUGCAGUUUAAAAUGCACACCAAAACAAGAGGUGCAUAUAGCAGAAAAGUUUCAAAUAUGUCUGGGCAGUCCGAUUUAUGUUCAAGAUACAUACAAAUAUUUAUUGUUGUAGCUUGUUACUGGGUUGUGUCCAUAGUCACAGUAUUUGUAAAUAAGAGCCUUCUUAGCAGUGACACUAUUGCAUUGGAGGCCCCAUUAUUUAUAACAUGGUUCCAAUGUAUCGUGUCAUUUUUAAUCUGUUUUAUAUUGAGUAAAACUGGUGGUAUUCCGGGCCUGUUCAAUUUUCCUAAAGGCACACCAUGGAGCUUGGAUAUAAUGUCAAAGGUCAUUCCCUUAUCACUGAUGUUUACUCUAAUGAUAUCGGCUAACAAUCUGUGUUUGAAGUAUGUUGGAGUUCCAUUCUACUACAUUGGCAGAUCGCUAACUACAGUCUUCAAUGUGAUAUUCAGCUGGCUACUGCUGAAACAGGCAACAUCAUACAGAUGUAUAUUAUGUUGCAUAUUCAUAAUUUUUGGAUUUUAUUUGGGUGUUGAUCAAGAAAGUCUUUUAGAUUCAUUUUCAUUGAAAGGGACAAUAUAUGGUGUCGUAGGAUCAUUAACACUAUCCUUAUAUUCAAUUUUUACGAAGAAAGUUUUGCCAAGUGUAAAUCAAGAAAUCUGGUUGCUAUCAUACUACAACAAUGCAUAUUCAAUAAUUUUAUUCAUUCCGCUCAUGGUUAUGAACGGUGAACUCAGCCAGUUAUGGAACUACACAAACUUCCACAGCUUAUAUUUCUGGUUUCAAAUGCUCAUUGGAGGUGUUUGUGGAUUUGCAAUUGGUUAUGUGACAUCGUUACAAAUUAAGGUCACAUCACCAUUAACCCAUAACAUAUCUGGCACGGCCAAGGCUUGCGCACAAACUGUUAUAGCAACUCAGUGGUACAAUGAGACGAAGAACACGCUGUGGUGGACCUCUAACCUCAUAGUUUUAGGAAGCAGUGCAUUAUAUGCUAGGUUUAAGCAGAUCGAAAUGGAAGUGGAAUCCAGAAAGCCUAUAUCAGAGGAAAAAACUAGUUUAGUAUAAACACGGUAGAAAAUAUUGUACAGUAGAAUGACUCAACCAUCAACCAUAUCCUUCAACACAGAGACAAAAAGAAGCGUGUGUGACUUGACACUGCAUUUGACACUUCAAGUUAUCUAAAAUGCGGUGGUUCAAUGUAAAUGUAUUCUACUGUACAUUAUUUAUAUUGUGUUAUUAGUGUGAAUAUAGAUAGUGUAACAUUUUUAGAUGUUUUGUUAUGUUAUUUUGUUGCAAUAUUGUGCUAAAGGUCUAAUUGUAUUUUCUACCAAAGUAUGUAAGGUUGACGAAAACUGUACUCCAUAAGUAUAGACAGUAAGUACUAAGACAGUAAGACUCACCAAGGGGGGUAUUACAUUAUCAUUUAUAUAUGAUCAU